CCCCCCAAACACACGCGUAAAAAAGAAAAUCCAAACUCGAUCGAAUCUGCAGGGCCAUGGAGAAACCGUACGGAUACGCGAGCGUGAACGCCGGCAGCUCGUUCUCGGUGGGGAAGGAUGUCGACCUAGAGAUGGGCGGCGGAGAGGCGACGCUUUACCCUGGCCUCAGCUUCGGCGAGAAUCAGCUCCGAUGGGGCUUCAUCCGCAAGGUCUACGGUAUUCUCUCCGCUCAGCUCCUCCUCACCACCGUCAUCUCCGCCGUCGUCGUCCUCAAUCCUCCCGUUACCGAGCUCCUCACCGGCUCACCUGGCCUCCUCCUCUUCCUCUGCAUCGUCCCCUUUGUCCUAAUAUGGCCAUUGCACAUCUACCACCAGAAACAUCCUGUCAACCUUAUCCUCCUCGGUCUCUUCACUGUUUCGCUGAGUUUCACCGUCGGAGUAAGCUGCGCUAACACAGACGGAAGAAUUGUGCUUGAAGCAUUGAUUCUGACACUGGCGGUGGUUUCCUCUCUAACCGCGUACACGUUUUGGGCGGCUAAGAAGGGGAAAGAUUUCAGCUUUCUUGGACCCAUUUUGUUCACCAGCCUCAUCAUUCUCGUCGUUACCGGGUUCAUCCAGAUGUUCUUCCCACUCGGCCCGACUUCCGUGGCCAUAUACGGCGGAAUCAGCGCUCUGAUCUUCUGCGGAUACAUAGUCUAUGAUACCGACAACCUCAUCAAGCGAUUCACUUACGACGAGUACAUUCUGGCCUCGGCCGCUCUCUAUCUGGACAUCCUCAACCUCUUCCUCGCCAUUCUACGGGUGCUGAGACAGGCCGACAAUUGAAGAAACACAGCCUCUGUUUGUUUUUUCAGUUGUGAAUACAACAAAUAUUAUCCUUUCAAUUUCUCUCUGCGUGUGAAUGUUUUCUUGGAUUGCAGCUUUAAUGUUUGAUAAUGCCUCAAUGGGGGCAAAAAUCUUUACGUAUUGUAUGUAUCUCUCUCGACCUUUUGAUGAGUGGUUCGAUUAUAUACUUUGAAUUUGUUGCAAUGAAAAUUGAAAUCUCGUA